AUGGCAACAACGAGAACCUUUCUAGUUCUUUUCUCUCUCGCUUGUUCUCUUACUCUCUGCAUCUGCGACGACGAGAGUAACUAUGGCGGCGGUGAAGGGAAUCUUUUCCCAGGUUUCUAUAGAAGCUCAUGCCCUAAAGCCGAGGAGAUCGUGAGGUCAGUUGUAGCUCAAGCUGUUGCAAAAGAGGCUCGUAUGGCUGCUUCUCUCAUGAGGCUUCAUUUCCACGACUGUUUUGUUCAGGGCUGUGAUGGCUCGUUGCUUCUAGACAGCAGUGGAAGUAUAGUUACUGAGAAAGGCUCUAACCCUAAUAGCAACUCGGCUCGCGGGUUUGAUGUUGUUGACCAGAUCAAAGCUGCAUUGGAGAAUGAAUGCCCUGGAACUGUUUCUUGUGCUGACUUGUUAACCCUAGCUGCUAGGGACUCCUCUGUUCUUACUGGUGGACCAAGCUGGAUGGUUCCUUUGGGAAGAAGAGAUUCGAGAAGUGCAAGCUUGAGUGGCUCAAACAACAACAUUCCUGCACCCAACAACACUUUCAACACAAUUCUCUCGAGGUUUAAUAAUCAAGGUCUCGAUCUCACCGACCUUGUUGCCCUGUCUGGGAGUCACACCAUCGGCUUCUCAAGAUGCACGAGUUUCAGACAAAGACUUUACAACCAGUCCGGAAAUGGAAGUCCCGACAUAACCUUAGAGCAGUCCUAUGCUACUAACUUGCGCCAGAGGUGUCCGCCAUCAGGUGGAGACCAAAACCUGUCGGAGCUUGACAUCAACAGUGCCGGAAAGUUUGAUAACAGCUACUUCAAGAACUUGAUCGAGAACAUGGGACUUUUGAAUUCUGACCAGGUCUUAUUCUCUAGCAACGAGGAAUCUAGCGAGCUUGUGAAGACAUAUGCAGAGGAUCAGGAAGAGUUCUUCGAGCAGUUCGCAGAAUCAAUGAUCAAGAUGGGGAAUCUCUCUCCCUUGACAGGUUCGAGUGGUGAGAUCAGGAAGAAUUGCAGGAAGAUUAACUCUUGAUUUUGUGUGUGCUAUGGAAUGUGAGAAAAAGAAAUGAAACAUGUUUUCCGGGGGGUUUAUGUUUGUGUGUUUUUUUGUCUUUUUGUAUGUUUUACUAUUUGAAAGUUGAAUGAAGAAACCUUUAUAAUUUAGUAGUUAUUUAUAUAAGUUCGAGAUCGUUAGAGCACUUCCAAUGGUAGUAUUAAUGAAACAUGUUUUGGGGAUUUGGGUUUGUGUUUGUGUUUUUGGUGUCCUUUUGUGUGUGUUACUAUUUGAAAGUUGAAUGAUGAAACCUUUAUAAUUAAGUAGUGUUAUUUAUAUAAGCUCGAAAUAGUUAUUGCUUCACACUUCUUCUUGAUUGUCGCCAACAUAGUUGUUUUUAGAGUUUUUAGUUUCAUUUUUACCUAAAACGAAAAUUCGUUUUAUUUAACCUCUGGUUUUGCAUUGAAAAACUAGAAAAGAUCAGCUAUGAUAGUAAAAUUCGCAUAAAAAUCUACCAUUUAUAUAUAAACAUUUGUGUGCAAAUUAUUAAUUUGAUAUAAUAUAUAAAAAUCUGAUAUCACUAAUUAGUUUUUUUUUUUUGAUCAAAAUCACUAAUUAGUUAUAGACUUGUUUUUUUGUUAGUUAAAAUUUAAAAACUUGUUAAACAAUUAAUUUUGAAG